CUCUAACGAACCAUGGCGGAGUUAGUGCCUACAAAAAGACGCCAUUACUAUUGCUCUCUAUUGCCUAGAUGGGAAAAACGGGAAAAGCGCCAUAUUUACCGCCUUAUGUUCAGCGUGUUGAUGUGAGCGGGGCUUUCCCCGUGUUCGGUUUGAAGGAUACGUGGCGCGCGCCCGCCACAAACAGAGGCAGGUUGCGUCAAUCGGCUCCUGCUUGCUGGAUAACCGCUGUGACAACACUGUGCUCCCCAUCCCAUUACUCGAGAGUGGACAGGAUGGAAGGACUGCUGGACCAAUGGCUAUGGAAGGAGGAGUACUGGCUGCCUCCGGGGGUCACCUGGAAGGACAUAGAGAUCGAGGGGGACCGCUACCCUCUACCUCGGGACCUCUUCUACACCCUGCCGUUGGCUCUGGGCUUCAUCGUCCUGCGCUACGUCUUUGAGAGGGUCAUAGCCAUGCCACUAAGCAGACAGCUGGGGGUGAGAGACAGGGUGCGGGUUCGAGCCCUGCCUGUCCCAAAGCUGGAGACAUUUUACAAACAGAACAAACAGCAACCCUCACAGAGUGAGGUCCUGGGCCUGGGGAAGCAUUGUGGUCUCAGUCAGCGCCAGAUAGAAACGUGGUUCCGCCAACGCCGUAACCAAGACAGGCCGAGCAACACCAAGAAGUUCUGUGAAGCCUCUUGGAGGUUCGUUUUCUACCUCAUUGCAUUUGUAGCAGCGUUUGCCUCCCUGAUUGAUACCCCCUGGUUCUGGGACCACAGAGAGUGCUGGCAGGGCUACCCCAAACAACCUGUCGCUGAGGCUCACUACUGGUAUUACAUCACUGAACUGGGUUUCUAUUGGUCCCUGCUGCUCUGUGUCACUGUGGAUGUGAAGCGGAAGGAUUUCAAGGAACAGAUCAUCCACCACGUCGCUACCAUUUUGCUCAUCGGUUUCUCGUACUGUGCCAAUUAUGUGCGCGUUGGCACACUGGUGAUACUAGUCCAUGAUUCUUCAGACUUCCUCCUGGAGUCUGCCAAGAUGUUCAACUACGCUGGUUGGAGGAAGACAUGUGACACACUGUUUGUCAUCUUCGCCCUGGUCUUCCUGCUAACACGACUAGUGGUCUUCCCUGGCAGAAUAGUCCACUCCACCCUGGUUGUGUCCUUGGAUUUCUUCCAGCCUUUCUUUGGCUACUACUUCUUCAAUGCCCUGCUGUUGGUGCUGCAAGCUCUGCACAUCUUCUGGGCCUGGCUGAUCCUUCGCAUGGUCUACAAGUUUGUCUUUAUGGGCAAGGUGGAGAAAGACGAGCGCAGCGAUGAAGAAAGCGAGCCAGAGGAGGAAGAGGAGGCAGAGGAGGAAGAGGAGACUAGCUGGGAGCAAAGAAAGGGUGCACUCAAUUCCAAAUUGGCUUCGCUUGCCAACAAUUGUGUCCUGAACAACCUGACCAACCAGAGAAAUAUGAACAGCAGACUGCCCAAAGCCAGAUAGUACCACUCUCUUUUCGCACUAGGUUAAACUUAGAAUGUUUUCCUCUCCUUCCACAGUAUAUGCUGGUAAGAUAUAAUUAAUUUAUAUGGCUUACAUAUUACCAAUGGGGUCCAUUUAUGAUUUUAUGAACGGUUUCAGAUAAUACUUCACUACGUUUGGAGUACAUAACUGUUCACUGAGCUGUCAAAAUAAUGGUCUGGUCAAACAAGAACAACACUGGUUUUACUUUAAGUUUACUUUAAGAUGAAGUAUGUUUUUCUAGAUUUUAUAUUUAGAAUUGAUUUGUUUUUGUUUGGAUUGUGUGGAAAUAGUUAAAGACAUGAACUAAAAUCAAAUCAAAGUUUAUUGGUUGCGUACACCAAUUAGCAGAUGUUAUGGCAGGUGCAGCAAAAUGCUUGUGUUUCUAGCUGCAACAGUGCAGUAAUACCUAGCAAUACAAAAAACAAUACACACAUAAUCCAGAAAAAAAAUAAACAUUUUAUUUUAUUUUUUUAAUUAAAAAUGAUCUGAAUAUAUACAAACAGCACCAGUCAAAAGUUUGGACACACCUAUUCAAGUUUUUGUUGUUGUUUUGACUAUUUUCUACAUUGUAGAAUGAUAGUGAAGACAUCAAAACUAUGAAAUAAUACAUAUGGAAUCAUGUAGUAACCAAAAAAAAAUAUUACAAUUUUUUGAUUCUUCAAACUAGCCACCCUUUGCCUUGAUGACAGCUUUGAACAAUCUUGGCAUUCUCUCAACCAGCUUCAUGAGGAAUGCUUUUCCAACAGUCUUGAAGGACUUCCCACAUAUGCUGAGCACUUGUUGGCUGCUUUUCCUUCACUCUGCGGUCCAACUCAUCCCGAACCAUCUCAAUUGGGUUGAGGUUGGGUGAUUGUGGAGGCCAGGUCAUCUGAUGCAGCACACCAUCACUCUCCUUCUUGGUCAAAUAGCCUGAAGAUGUAUUUUAGGUUGAAAAACAAAUGAUAGUCUCACUAAGCGCAAACCAGAUGGGAUGGUGUAUCGCUGCAGAAUGCUGUGGUAGCCGUGCUGGUUAAGUGUGCCUUGAAUUCUAAAUAAUUCACUGACAGUGUCACGAACAAAACACCCCCACACCAUUACACCUCCUCCUCCUUGCUUCACGGUGGGAACCAUACAUGCGGAGAUCAUCUGUUCACCUACUCUGCAUCUCACAAAGACAAGGCGGUUGGAACCAAAAAUUACAAAUUUGGACUCAUCAGACCAAAGGACAGAUUUCCACUGGUCUAAUGUCCAAUGCUUGUGUUUCUUGGCCCAAGCAAGUCUCUUCUUCUUAUUGAUGUCCUUUAGUAGUGGUUUCUUUGCAUCAAUUCGACCAUGAAGGCCUGAUUCACACAGUCUCCUCUGAACAGUUGAUGUUGAGAUGUGUCUGUUACUUGAACUCUGUGAAGCCUUUAUUUGGGCUGCAAUCUGAGGUGCAGUUAACUCUAAUGAACUUAUCCUCUGCAGCAGAGGUAAUUCUGGGUCUUCCUUUCCUGUAGCGGUCCUCAUGAGAGCCAGUUUCAUCAUAGCUCUUGAUGGUUUUUGCGACUGCACAUUUUCCGGAUUAACUGACCUUCAUGUCUUAAAGUAAUGAUGGACUGUCGUUUCUCUUUGUUUAUUUGAGCUGUUCUUGCCAUAAUAUAGACUUGGUCUUUACCAAAUAGGGCUAUCUUCUGUAUACCACCCCUAUCUUGUCACAACACAACUGAUUGGCUCAAACGCAUUAAGAAGGAAAGAAAUUCCACAAAUACAAUUUUAACAAGGCACACCUGUUAAUUGAAAGGCAUUUCAGGUGACCACCUCAUGAAGCUGGUUGAGAGAAUGCCAAGAGUGUGCAAAGCUGUCAUCAAGGCAAAGGGUGGCUACUUUGAAGAAUCUAAAAUAUUAAAUAUAUAUUGAUUUGUUUAAUGCUGUUUUUGGUUACUACAUGGUUCCAUAUGUGUUAUUUCAUCGUUUUGAUGUCUUCCCUAUUAUUCUACAAUGUAGAAAAUAGUAAAAAUAAAGAAAAACCCUUGAAUGAGUAGGUAUAUGAAUAGAAAGGUGUGUACAGCAGUAGUUAUAUUAAUGAGCUAUGUGUAGAAUACAGUAUAUAGAUACAGUGUAUAAAGUGGGUGAAACAGUGUGUAAACAUUAUGAAAGUGACCAGCGUUCAAUGACUCUGUACAUAGGGCAGCAGUUUCUUAAGGUGCAGGGUAGAGUACCGAGUGGUAGCCGGCUGCAACAGUGAUUAAGGUUCAGGACAGGGUCCUGGGCGGAGGCCGGCUAGUGGUGACUGUUUAAUAACAGUCUGAUGGCCUGGAGAUAAAAGCUGUUUCUCAGUCUCUCGGUCCCAGCUUUGAUGCACCUGUACUGUCUUCACCUUAUAGAUCGUAGCUGGAUGAACAGUUGGGUCCUUGAGGAUCUUUUAGGCCUUCUUGUGACACCAGGUGGUGUAUAUGUCCUGGAGGGCAGGCAGUGUGCUCCCGGUGAUGCAUUGGGCUAACCGCACCACCCUGGAGAGCCCUGAGGUUGCGGACGGUGCAAUUGCCGUACCAGGCAGUGAUACACACCGACAGGAUUUAGAUUUUGUUCAUUUAUUUAACCUUUAUUUAACUAGGCAAGUCAGUUAAAAACAAAUUCUUAUUUACAAUGAUGGCUUACCCCAGCCAAACCGUACCCCAGACGAUGCUGGGCCAAUUGUGUGCCGCCUUAUGGGACUCCCAAUCACGGCUGGUUUUGAUACAGCCUGGAUUCGAACCAGAGUCUGUAGUGACACCUCUAGCAAUGAGACGCAGUGCCUUAGACCACUGCCCCACUCGGGAGCCCAGGAUGCUCUCAAUGGUGCAUCUGUAGAAGUUUGCGAGGUUCUUCGGGGCCAAGACAAAUCUCUUCAGCCACCUGAAGUUGAAGAGGUGGUAUUGCUCCUUCUUCACGACGCUGUUUGUGUGAAGGGACCAUUUCAGGCUGUCAGUGGUGUGCACGCCGAGGAAUUUGAAGCUUUUGACCCUCUCCACUGCGGCCCGUUGAUGUGGAUGGGGGCGUGCCCUCUCUGCUGUCUCCUGUAGUCCACGAUCAGCUCCUUAGUUUUGAUGACUUUGAGGGAGAGGUUAUUUUCCUAGCACCACUCCGCCAGGGCUCUCACCUCCUCCCUGUAGGCUGUCUCAUCAUUGUUGGUAAUCAGGCCCACCACUGUUGUGUCGUCAUCAAACUUGAUGAUUGAGUUGGAGGCGUCUGUGGCAACGGAGUCAUGGGUGAACAGGGAGUACAGGAGGGGGCUGAGUACGCACCCAUGUGGGGCCCCCGUGUUGAGGAUCAGCUUGACAGAGGUGUUGUUGCCUACCCUCACCACCUGGGGUCGGCCCGUCAGGAAUUUCAGGACCCAGUUGCAAAGGGAGGGCCCUGAGCUUAGUGUUGGGCACAAUAUUGUUGAAGGCUGAGCUGUAGUCGAUUAACAGCAUUCUUACAUAGGUAUUUUUCUUGUCCAGAUGGGAUAGGGCAGUGUGCAGUGCAAUGGCGAUUAACUCUGGUACAGUCAAAGGGUGCAUUCUUAUAUUGCCUCCAGUGUGUCAGAGUGCGCUCUGGGUCGUACGUAAAUUCAGAGCGUUAUCAGAUUGUCAGUUCGUAAAUUCAGAGUGUUUCGCUCUCGGAGCGUUCAGAGCGCACACUGGAUACUCUGGCCGAGGAGUAGGGUUGAUCCGAGUGUUCUGACCUCAACCGCAGUCAAGCACCCAAGCUAACUGACUAACGUUGGCUAGCUUGCUAGCUACUUCCAGACACAAAUGAGAGAACACUUCACUCUGACCAUUCUACUCGCCCUAGCAGAGCUGGUUAGGCUGUUUUCAUGUUAUCCAGAGCGUUGGUGACUGUAACAAGUGUGUCAAUUCUUCCCUGGAUAAUUUAUCCCUGGAUUUUAUUUUUAAUGAAUUUUAAUUUUUUUACAAAACCCAGAUUAAUCUAUGGAAUUCUUAUUCGUUAUAUCAACCACUGUGGCACUAAUAACACAUGUAAGAUAAUAGAUUUUGGAUAAAAUAAUUUAUUUAUUGAACAAUUAGCUUUUUAUUCAAAUUAAGGAUAUCAUAGGCAACAGUAUGACAGCCUCUAGAUUGAAAUGUGCAGAUAAUAUAGCUUUGUAGCUGAUCGUUUUUAAUCAGACAAUUUUGUCUGUGGAAGCUAAUACAUAUUUCCCAAAAGUACUCCAAAUUGUAGAGGAUUGAAUUGGUCAUAUUACUCUUGUUGGAAUGGUGAUAGCGCCCUCUAGCGAAGAUUUGUUAGGAAAGGGUCCCAAGUAGAAAUUGCUAUAGGAUUGCAGGUGACAAACACAAAACGGACCUUAGAUCAGUAUCUUGGGCUAACUACUCCUGCUCCCUUAUAAAACAUUUUACAAGUAAAGCCUUGGGGAAAAAAUAUGAUGUGUUUUUCUAUAAUCAAUGUGACAGUAGAGAAGAUCUUGCAGCAUGUUUCUCCACAAGGUGUUUUACUCUGUGCUACUGAACUUUGUUAUUUUGUGCCUUGGCUGCUAUUUUUUUUGUACUUUUUCUGUCACAAGCACUUAUUAUGUAGCUCUAUGUAUUAGUAUAGCUUUACAAACUAUUUGUAAAAAUCUUCACUUGCUGCUCUUGUUCAAAGGGUUUUUAUUGAGAAUCUGGACAGCCAUCCAGUGCCUAGGUACAGCUGUUGGAGCUUAAUUUGAGCCAGUUUGCUACAGCAGGAAAAUAAUCCUGCAGCAAUAGGAAAUGUAAAUUAUUAUGUGGAUUAUAAUUAUAUAAUUAUAAUAUUAAUGGACAUUUUUAAAAGGGUUGAUACAUUUUUCUUAAGUGAAAAUCAAGUCUGAAAUUUCAAAGUGGAAAUUACAAACUUCAGAAGCCUUUUUAAACCUAAAAUAAACAACAAGUUUUAAAUGUUGCAUGUCAUUGCGCUUUCACUCUCUCUCUCUCUCUCAAAUCAAAUUCUUGAUACACAUAGAAAACUGUUGAGCGUGAAAAACCCAGCAGCGUUGCAGUUCUUGACACACUCAAACCGGUGCGCUUGGCACCUACUACCAUAUCCCGUUCAAAGGCCGUUAAAUAUUUUGUCUGCCCAUUCACCCUCUGAAUGGCACACAUACACAAUCCAUGUCUCAAUUGCCUCAAGGCUUAAACAUCCUUCUUUAACCUGUCUCCUCCCCUUCAUCUACACUGAUUUAAGAGGAAUUAACAGUUGACAUCAAUAAGGGAUCAUAGCUUUCACCUGGAUUCACCUGGUCUGUCUGUGUCAUGGAAAGAGCAGGUGUUCCUAAUGUUUUGUACACUCAGUGCAUAGUCUUGUGAGUGUGCAUAGAGUCAGUGCAAGAUAGGGUUAGUGCAGAUAAUUAAGGGUUCCCCGGACUAACUAUUUAGCAGUCUUAUGGCUAGAAGCUGUCUCGGAAACUGUUGGUCCGAGAGCCGAUGUUCCGGUACCGUUUGACCGACGGUAACAGGGUGAACAGACUAUAGCUAGAGUCUUCAUACAUUUUUCGGGCCUCCACUGUGUCUACUGAGCUGUUGGGCUUGCCCUGCAAACUCAUUGGAUAACGCUGAGCAGGAGGCCUCUUGCUAGCUGUCACUCAAAUGGGGCAUAGCACAGCUUCAAGAAAACAGUCGUUUUAGGGAUUUCAUUGCUAAUUGAGGUAAUUCUGCUCAUCCAUUAUGCAUGUAUGAACUACACAUUGACACAUCCAGCCCAAAGCAGGAGGUUUAAACAAUUAUUUUUUAGUCGUCAAAGUAGCGGAGCAUGUCUUUAAGAUCUUACAUCUUUAGGAGAGCCAUGUAAUGUAACCAUGCUGAUGGGUACCCUCAAAAUGUGAGAAUGUUUUUGGUUCUGUCUAAAUCUAUACGUAUGGAAUAAUGUCUGGAUCAAUACAAAUUUACUAUUCAUAUAACUGACAUGCACUUUUGCAAAAAAUAUGUCUAGUUUGAAGUGUGGCAAAUCGUUCUUGCACUGAAAGCAUGAUAUUACUGUGCAAGAUGGGGGCUUGAAAUUAAGUGUAAUUUUCUUUCGCCCAGAGAUGUCAAUCACAACCAUCUCUAUCUGUCUCACACUGAAAUACACUAACUAGCACGGUGCCAGAUCUGUAUGUGCUUGAUGUGUAUCAGGCAAAUGACAAUGAGGAUCAGAUGAGUUGACUAAAGCACAUAUGGACCACGGUAGGAACACACUACUUUGUUACCAGGGUCCGUGUGCCUCACUCUCUGUACUAUUGUCUCCAGUAUGGCACGUUCACACUGAGUGUCUGUGGAUUUUUAUCUGUGGUCUGUUUCUAGAGCACCAAAAGGGCUGAUACACUCAAUUACUCACUUUAAUCAUGAUUAUUGGAUGUUUCUUUUAUUAAAAGUUCAACUAUUGCAACAAGAGAAAUGCCAGGGUCAUCAUGUCAAUAACAUUUGACUGGUCUUUUUGUUCUGCGUAUCAUGAAUGCACACACCCCAUAAGUUUGUUCACUCUGUGGCCAGUUCAACACAAUCAAUAAAUGACUUUUAUUGAACUAUUGA